AUGGAGACUUCGUUUAACAUUCAAUAUGAUUGUAUAAAUUUGUCAUUGCUUGAUUACAAUUUACUAAUAUCUCCGUGUAAAACUUUUUUGAGUGAUUCUAAGUCACUACCUAACGAACUUUACCUCAUAGACAUUGACAACGAAACCCAUAACGAAAUUCAAGAGGAAAUAUUUACUAUCGACGAAGUCAAGAUUGCUGGUUAUCAAUCUGAAGACAGCUCGUAUAUUGAAUUCUAA